UCCCCUCCCCCCUCACUCACACACACACACACAACACACACCCACACCGCGGCCACAGGAGGAAGAUGGCGACCGCCAUGUACUUAGAGCACUACCUGGACAGUAUUGAGAACCUUCCAUGUGAACUACAAAGGAAUUUCCAGCUGAUGCGUGAACUGGAUCAGAGAACAGAAGAUAAGAAAGCAGAAAUUGAUCUUCUUGCAGCAGAAUAUAUUUCAACUGUGAAGAAUCUCUCUCCAGAGCAGCGAGUGGAGCACCUCCAGAAGAUCCAGAAUGCGUACAGCAAAUGCAAAGAGUACAGUGAUGAUAAAGUACAGCUGGCUAUGCAGACCUAUGAAAUGGUGGAUAAACACAUUCGGCGGCUUGAUGCGGACCUGGCACGUUUUGAAGCAGAUCUGAAAGAUAAGAUGGACGGCAGUGAUUUUGAAAGUCCUGGAGGACGAGGGUUAAAAAAGGGUCGAGGUCAAAAGGAGAAGAGAGGCUCCCGGGGUCGAGGAAGAAGAACAUCAGAGGAAGACACACCGAAGAAAAAAAAACUUAAAGGAGGAUCUGAGUUCGCUGAUACUAUCCUAUCUGUACACCCCUCUGAUGUCUUGGACAUGCCAGUAGAUCCCAAUGAGCCAACAUACUGCCUGUGCCACCAGGUGUCUUAUGGAGAAAUGAUUGGUUGUGACAAUCCAGAUUGUCCUAUUGAGUGGUUUCACUUUGCUUGUGUGGACCUUACCACCAAACCAAAAGGAAAAUGGUUUUGUCCCCGCUGUGUUCAGGAAAAGAGAAAGAAGAAAUAAAGAAGAAACACUGAAAUGAAGAAUAAUUUAAUAUAUUCCUUCUUUCAUAUUGCAAUAUUUUAUCUUUAUUUUCCAAACUACCUUCCUGUGUUGGAUUUAUAUUUAAUUACCCUUUGGCCAGUUGUAAUUCUCGGUAUCUCAAAAGAAGCCGUCUCAAAAAGGUAGUGAAGCGGAGGGAGUUGGGGAAGGGAGGGAGGGGGGGAGAGAGAGAGUAAGGAGAGAAGAUUUUAGGGAAAAUUGCCAUAGCGAUUUUAUUUUCAUUUCUAUAUGGAUCUCAGUAUAGCACUGAACGUGGUGGUAACACUAAGUAACCCCAGCUGUAGUCAGAUGGGACAUUUGCUAGUAUGCUAGGAGAUGUGGGACCGCCAGAGAGGAGUGCAUGGAAAUUAAGUCGAUGGGCACCUUUUUAACCUGGUGUACUGCCAUUUCUUGGAAAGUGUACUUUGCUUAAUAUCUUUGUAGUUUUCUAGAAAUAUUUCAUAUCGCACCAGGGGAUUCCAACACUUUUUAUCUACCACUGUAAGCACAUUUUCCCCUUUGUGAGUGAGAUGCAUGUGGUGUACAGGAACUCUGGUGGCCUAGUGUUCGCCAGCAAAGGAUCCUUUUUAAAGUCUCAUCUCUAACUCUGAAGCCAGUGACUGUGUACUUUUGGUAAGGACUACUCUUAUAUGCUUGUUGAGGGUGUUAGAUUUCUUACCCUUAGGAAGUAAUUUCUGCUUUAUUGUGCACCCCGCCCUUUUUGUUUGAAUUUUCACUCCUUCCCUCUAAAUAGGGUUGGAUUUACCCAUUCUGGAGAAAGACGGCUCUUCAUUAGCUAAGGGCAAGUCAACAGAAAUGAGGGAUGGCGUUGUCCUAGCUGAUUUACUAAUGCCCCGUUUCUCUGGAAUUUCCUGAAGUUUUUACUGUGAAGACAAGUUUAGUGUUUGAGCAUGAAGAUAGUGGGGUCUGAUGUAUAUAUGAAGUGAAAGUCCAGUCUACUAAGGCCUGAUUAUAUAUCUAUGUUGCACAUUGCUAGAUCAACAAGAAAACAAGUUGAAUCCUAGGGAAUAUAAUAAUGUGAUAUGAUGUGUGAAUUCUUGUAAUGCUGCAGCAGUUCUGAAGCUGUUUGACAUGAGUUAUACUGAAGUAUACUUUUUACUUAAUCAGAAUUCAUCACAAACUAAUUUAAAGCAAAUCGUUUUGGAAAGAUUUUAAAUCAUUCAUACUUGGGAGCCAAAUUGCUUUUUUUUUUUUUAAUCAUUUGAAAUGCCUGUCUGAUUCCUAGAUAAGGUUGAGGUUUGACAGUGCUCUUGGCAUUCCACAAGUCCCCUAUCAUGAGAUUAAGGCAAUGAAAGAGAAGUGCUGAGGAGCUCUACAAUCUAGAAAAAUGACAACGUGAAAAAAAUGUUGAUGUCAAAGUUCCUCUUUCUGUAAGACAAGAACCAUGUGGGAAGAGUGUGUCAUAGUUGAAUCUAUUCCCACUUAGUUUAUGCAGUAACAGCACUUUCUUAAACAUUGCUCCAGCUGUUCUCUGAUAUAUCCAACUUAUUGUUUGUCUCUGGUCUUUGAACAGACGGUAGUGUUGUCAUGGGAAAACUCAUGCUCAAUUACUGUAGGUUUUUGGUGACUGAUUAAGUUCUGAUUAUGUCGUCUAAAUUCUUGUGCUGUCACGUUAGACUUGCAAGAAAGAUGAAUGACUCCUGUUUCUUCAGCUUUGUUAUUUAAAAUGUGAUGUCAUGCUGAUUGCCAUUGUAACACAUCCCAUGCAGUGAUGUUUUGAAGUGUCAGUGUUUACAGGACUCCAUUUUGCCAUUUAAAAAUAACAGAGUACCACAAUUAACAUGCACACAAUGAUGUAAUAAAGAGGGAAAAUCUAGAGCGGAAUAGAAAAAUCUCCCCAACCAUUUUUUGGAAAGAGAGGGAGUGAUUUUGGUGUCUCAGCCUGAUCUGCUACUAGAAAAGUACAGUUAACUUUUGUCUAGAGAUUAAGCCUAUUAAGCCAGAGUGGGCCCAGUGUUUAUUUUUUUUUUUCUUCAGCUUAGAGGGGCCUGUACUUGGGUCCAAAGGGCAUGCAGAGGCAGAGUUGAUUUGGGGAUUAACCUAGGGUUAGGAAUCCCCUCUGGAGGGUCUCGGGGCGGUAACUGGUCAUUGGGCCUACUCAAGAAUGAAACUGAACCCUGGACCUGUCAGUCGGACCACUCCCAAUCUCAUGGGGUCCUUCAGACUAAGGGAUAACCUCGGGCAGAUCUGAACCUCCCAACCUGACGGUGAUCUGACCCCACGUUCCUUGGGCCUGAGCUGGAACCAAAUUGUCAUUUGGGGAAACCCCUGAGCCCAGUGUAAGGUAAGAUACAUAGCCAUUAUGUUUAAUUGCAAGUAAGAAAUUUGCUCUGUUCAGAAGAAGAAUAAACUUUCGGGCUCUACUUCGUUUUCUCCAUUAAUGCUCCGUUACCCGUCAACCCCUUUUCUCUGGGAGAAAAAUAUGUUUUUUCAAUAAUUUGUUCAGUGGAGUUCCCCUAAAUCUAAAAGUGUCUUCAGAGGGUUGCUGACUACAGCACAGAUGCAACCCAAAGCCAGAUCACAGCAAUAGCCCCAAUAAUGUGAGGUUGCCGAAUAUAAACUUACAUAUGCUGUUGCAUAUAUCAGACAAAUCCUUAGCAACUCUUUUCAAGUGGCGAUUGAGGGGGCAUAGGGGAUUGUCUUCCAGGUCGCCUAGAGAAGCAGAAGCCCAAGGGGCAGCACUGUAUAUAAAAGAAAAAGGGAUUUCUAGUGUAGGGACCACACUGAUCUAUUUUCUUCUGUAACCUCUCAGAUGCAUCAAGUCACUGGAGUUAUAGCAGAGGGGGUUUCACUGAGCAAUAAGCUGUCCAAAGAGUAAGACACUCUCCAACACUUGUCACAGAUUUAACAGUAUCUGUGCUUCAUUUCAGGGUUAUAGGGGUAAACUCUUUUUUUUUUUAAAUGAAGAAUCAAGCUUGAUUCUGGGUGUCAAAAAAUAUAGUUCUCCCAAAAUUAUAAUGUACAGAGUUUGAUAUUCUUUACCUUUGCUGAGAAGGUUAGAAGAAUUAUGGGGAAAUCUAAAAGAGAAACGUUCUCCUUCAUUAGAGAUCCCAAACAAGAUUUGUCAAAUGCGUGUGUAUUUAGUGGUGUUCAGCUUUACUUCAUUUCAUCCCAAGAGGAGGUGAUGCAGCUUUAACAUGAAUGUAAUGUUUUAUUUUCAAAGGAAUUAAAUAUUUGUUCCCUUUGUAAACGGAAGAGAAUAAUGUAAAUCUUUUUAUUAAAAAUACUGUAAAGAUGUAUAUCUGUAUUUUUGGAUCAUGUUAUAGAUUCUGGAUAUAUUGUUAUAAAUAAAAGUAUUUUUGGGAACAAA